AUGGCUGGCAUCCCUCCACAACCCGUCGCAAGCUCUUCAAAGACUGGCUUACUUCCCGCAAAGUCUUGGCAGCAUUUCGUAGCAGGCGGACUGGGAGGCAUGUGCGGAGCGAUCGUCACCAGCCCUUUUGAUGUAGUCAAAACACGGCUGCAGUCGGACUUAUUCAGAGUGAAGCAUGCAUCUCUGGGGUUGGCUGGGAACGGUGUUGUGGUCGCCCCUCAUCGACCAAACCUCCUGUGGCAUUUUGUGGAGACGGGUCACAUCAUUCGUGAUAUCUACCGAGAAGAGUCCUUUCGUGCACUCUUCCGAGGGUUGGGUCCAACGCUGGUCGGCGCCAUUCCUGCGCGAUCGAUAAACUUUUUCACAUAUGGCAACGGGAAGCACAUUAUCGCCAACCAGUUCAACGAUGGCCAGGAGAACAGCUACGUCCACCUCGCGGCCGCAACUUGUGCAGGCAUCGUGACUGGUACCGCGACCAACCCCAUAUGGGUCGUCAAGACGCGCUUGCAGCUCAGUCAGUCGUCGGGACAGGCUACUGUAGGUGGCUCCUGGGCUGUUAUCAAGCAGAUUGUGCGUCAGGAGGGAGUGCGCGGCUUCUAUAAGGGUCUCAGUGCUAGUUAUCUGGGUGUCACCGAGGGCACAAUCCAGUGGACGCUAUAUGAGCGACUCAAGCGAUUAACUGCAAAUACAAAAGGGAAGGGCGGUUUCCAGGAAUGGUUAGGCAUGCUUGGUAGCGCAGGGAUGGCCAAAUGCGUAGCAAGUCUAAUCACGUACCCGCAUGAGGUGCUUCGCACACGACUGCGACAGCCUCUUGUCGACGGCAAGGUCAAAUACACAGGGCUUGUGCAGACAUUGCGGCUUGUCAUAGCCGAAGAAGGCGCACAUUCUCUGUAUGGCGGCCUCAGUGCUCACCUAAUGCGAGUCAUUCCGAAUGCUGCAGUAAUGUAUUCGAUCUAUGAGGCUGUUCUUCGCUUCGCAUGA